AUGGAGUUGUAUAUUCGAAGAAUAAACACAAAGAUGGCAUUUUACUUUAAUAGCUGUUACGCACCAUUCUGGUUCAUUGGCACGCUGAUAACUCUCAUUAUAGAAUUUGAAUAUUUGGAUCCUAUAUACAAGGUGAUCAACACAGCUGUGUUUGCAUUAUAUUCCGUUUUGGAAGGCCUUAGACUCUAUCUUGGCUAUGCCGGCAAUCUGAUGGAGAUGGUAUUUUGA